CUAAGAAAAGAAGGGAUAAUGAUAAAAAAAAUCAAAAGAUUGGCCCAUUAAUUACACGCUGUAUUUAGGGAGUACAAGAAAACAAAAACCAACCAUUCAAUUUCAAUCCAAUCAGCCCCAAGGCCCUGUAAACCGUUUCAGGAGGGAUGGCAAGGACUUCAUUUAAGCAAGAGCAUGAUCUUGUGAAGAGGUGUGCUGAGGCAGCUAGGAUCAGGGAAAAAUACCCAGAUAGGAUUCCGGUGAUCGUUGAGAAAGCAGAAAGAAGUGAUAUUCCUAACAUCGACAAGAAAAAGUAUCUUGUCCCAGCUGACUUGACAGUUGGACAAUUUGUCUAUGUAAUUCGCAAAAGGAUCAAACUGAGUGCCGAGAAAGCAAUAUUCAUAUUUGUUGACAAUGUUCUUCCACCAACAGGGGGGAUCAUGUCCGCUAUUUAUGAUGAUAAGAAGGACAAAGAUGGUUUCCUCUAUGUCACCUAUAGUGGAGAGAACACAUUUGGAGAUGACCGUAUCUCGGUCUAGCCAUAACGAAAACGCAGGGUUUCUUGUCAUUUAACUAUAUACCUACCACCAUAAGGGGCGCGUUAGCAUUUUGGUGGCCAUAAUGCUGAUGAAAGAAGUUUCCCACCUUCGAAAAAUUUUGGCACUUUGAGCCAAAACGCCGUAAAGCAAACGAAGCAUGCAUUAUGGUAACUGUUAUUCAUGUAUAGCAAAUACAAGUAUCUGUGUAUAGUUGCAUUAUGUACACUACCUGGUGGGUGGUCUUAGCAACAUGUCUUAUUUGAUAACUAUGUUUUAUGGUUUUAUGUGAAUAAUAGUCAUUAUAAAUGUGCUAUUGGGAUGAUGAAAUAAGUCCCCCUUUGGAAUUAAGAGUAAACUUCUUGGAUUCUA